UUUUUUUUUGAUAAUCAGGGUAAAACUGCAUUAACCCAUUCAUGUAUGAGUUUAAAUGGGUUAAUGGGUGAGCUGAAUGAUUAUAUACGAGUCAUAAAAUACAGGGAAUGAUGCGAGGUCAAAAAAAUUUAUGGGAAAACAGUACACAUCUACGGGUCUUCACAAUCUCGCUACUCGCCCUAGAUCUCUCACGGACGAAUUCCAAUUGUGCAUUUUCAAUGUUGCUUGUUCUCAAUCUCUAACAGACGAUCUCGAUUGGCAUGUGACGAGUUUUCGUCUUGUAUCACUAUCUCGAUUGGCAUUUUCAAUAUCGCUUGCAGCAGUCUGUCUUUGGCAAUCUCGCUUGUUCUGAAGUAGCACUAUUUAAGGCGCAAGCGAUGAAUCUCGGUUAUCAGUGAGGAUGGCCAGAGGUCGCUUUGUGAAAAGCCCCAUUGCAUUUGUUUGUGGUGUUGUUUCUGUUUGCUGCCUCCUGGUUGUCGUAAUUACAGUACUUAGGCUUCCAGAGGCAUCAGUCACAAAUAGAAUGAUGCCUUCUUUUAGGCCCAGGGAAAUGAGGACGAUCUUGGGUGAUGCAAACAUAGGUAUAUUCGGGGAGAUGAUAAUUAAAAUGCUACCAGAAGAUCUUGCAUUUACAGUCUUCAUUCCAUCAGAGAGAGCUUUUGAACGCGACUUGAGGUUUAACGCGAGUGAUAGUUUAAAAGCCGAUAAGUUUAACAAUACAUAUGCAAUACUUACUCACAUUUUUGGCUUCUCUGUUGUUCCUCGGACGAUCUCUUCAGUUUCUGUACCAUUUGGGGAAGAAAUUAGUUAUGAUUCAUUGUCGGGGUUUAGUUUAUACAUAUCAAACGAUUCGGACGGAAUGCUGAUAGUUAACGGAGUUAGGUCGGAGCAUGUAGAUCUGUGGAAAGGUAAGAUUGUUGUUCAUAUCAUGGAUGGGGUGAUCAUGGAUGCUGAGUUUGAAGAAUCAGUUCAGACUGACGACAAUGAAGAAGAUUGAAUGGAAAAUACCAUAUCUAGCCUUGCUAACUUCAGACUUCAUUCAUCCCUGCGUCAACGCUGUGGUUUUGGUUCAUUUGUUUAACCUGUUGUAACUAGUGAACUUUUGUCCAUCAUGGCUCUAAAACAGAAGGGUGUAUCACAGACAUUUGGUUUUGGACCAACAAGCUUUUAACCUCCCUUGAUUCAAGCGACUGAGUUUGUUUUGAGCGAGCCUGAAGUCAUUGUAAUUUGUAAUGCGGUUCAUAAUUGUACAAGGAUAUAACAAUAUAACAGCAGAAGCGAAAGAGAGAACAUUUUGCAUUCA